GUGGCCGGGACGACUCCGUAGGUUGGCUGGGGGCCCUGCUGUCCCCGCCGAGGGCUCGGCCGACGGGUCCGCCCGUAGCCCGGGGAGCUCUGCGGCCCGGGCAUCCCCUGCCUCGUCAGCUCCCGGCGCGGGAGGAGCAGGGUCGGCCCUUGCCGGGGCAGGGGCUCUGGUGGGGCGCGCCCCGCCGUCCCGCUGCUGCGGCUUCGGGAGCGAGCUGGGCUGCGUGGCCGGGGUCGGUCUUGAGGAGCACUGGUGACCCUCUUCGGAGCGAUCACGGCACCGGCUCCAGGGAUGGGUUUGCAGGGCCUCCGUGCGGGGAAAUCGACACGAGCGUGCACGGCGGGUGGAAAACAGCGUGGGGAUGAACUUCUCUGGUCUUGCGGGGCUGAAACCAGCCAGCCUCGGGGCUCAGGCAAGGUUUCUGCUCACACAGGGCUGGGCUGCAUGGUUGUUAGAGCCAAAAGAGCCCAGAGACUCACCAGAAACAUAAGACAGUGGGGCUUGGUGUCUUGGGAUCUUCCACGGUGGCAACUAGAACAAGAAAGUCAUCACCCAAAAGAUGGCUCCAGGACUACAUGUGUUUGAAGCAGGGUGUGACUGGCCAGUGAGGAGAUACAGUGCUCAUUUUUUCCCCAGAAAGCCAUCUAGGGGAAUUUGCAGCUGGUGGCCAGGAAUGGGCAAUUAAAAGGUACCAGGCCCAGACAGUUAGAGCUGCCGAUUUCACCCAAGAAAGUAGCGAGGAGAAUUCAGAAAGGCAGCUACAAUUUUUCCACAACGCACACAGGUGCAGUUUCAUGUAACCUGAGAAUGGAGAAGAGGAAUCAUGGAAUUUCUGAACCCCUGUGCACAAGGAAUUGCUCAAGCAAAGGCAGCAAAAGCAGUGCAGCACUCUGCCUGAGAUGCCAAGAACAAGAAAAUGAGCUGCAGUAGAUGUAAUAAGCAAAAGGAGACCUUCCCUUCAGCCACCCCAGCAGCAGAGUCCCAGAAUGUGUGGGACAGGCAGCUCCUACCCAAGCUCUUCUUGCAUUGAUAGUGUCUUUCUACAAUGCUGCAUUAACAACAAACUGAAAAUUGAAUCUUUUUGCUGAGCAGUUUUGUCGCUUUUCUGAAACACUUUCUGAAAUCCAACAUAGGCAGAGAAAGCCCUGGGGAAGACAAAAUCCCUGACGGAUCUUUCCAAAUGCCUGGUUGCCUCCGGUCGCUGAUGGGGAGCAUUAACAUUUUGGCAUAGGCGCAGCCACUAGCUGCCUAAGGAGCACGGGGCAAGAGAUGUGAGUUCCUUGGCCAAGCCAAGUACCCAGCUUGCCAAGGAGGCUGAUCUCGGGUGAAGAAGUGCCCUUCACAGACUUGGGCUGUGUGCACAGUGGAUGGGAAUUUGUCCCGUCCCCAUCCUACAUGAGAUACAGGCAUCUGGCAAUGGUCUGGAUACUGGGUAUGACAGUCCUGUACUCUUCUGUGGGGCCUCCUGCAGAGUGCUCAGCACCCAGUGGGCUCUGAGACACAGCAAGCCCAGAGUAUGUGGAAGCAAAAGUGUGUCUGGGCUGGUCCCCAGAGUGAAUUUAGGGUACCUUUGCUGCACUCUCUUCCCUGAUCCUGCCUAGGAAAGCGACCAGCAUUGGCACUUAAACCAAAACCCUCGCCAGCCUGCAGCUGCAAGAGCUCCUUGCUGCAGGGAAGUGAAGCAGAAGUGACUUGGGCGUUUGCUGCGUGGUGUGUUGCUUCCCGUGGCGCACCCGGCACUGUCCUGCUUGGGAAGUCACGCAGUGGCAGCAAGGGCAGUACCCGGGAACCUGCCUGCAGGUGCCCGCCAGCCCGACCAUGUGGAUCUAAAUGUAGGCAGGAAAGACUGUGGAGGUGCCAACAGCAGCUGGAAGACACCUGCAGGCAUUGAGGUCUUAUCCUGCUGGAGGCAGGGGAGGAUCAGGCACAGGAGAAAGCUGAGCACUCACAGAACCUUUGGCGCGGAAGCCCAGGAUUUGGCAGCAGCUAGAGAAGCAGCCGUGAGGCAAGGAAACAUUUCAGUCGUGAGCUGGCUGGCUGUUCACCAUGAAUGUGGCUGUUCUCCUCCUCCUGGGGCUGGGGCUGUUGGAGGCAGAAGGCAGGUGUUUCUUCAGUCGCACUCAGGAGCGCUGUGUGUGCUACAACCUGUCCCAGGAAAGCAUAGGCAGCAUCAUCCAGUGCCUCCCGGCCUCUGUUGUGGAGUUUUGGGGGGGAGAGCUGGAGAAGUACAUAGCCUUCCCCAUCAGUGACCUGGACCCUUCCACCAUUGAAAUGCUGGGCUCCCUCACUGUCAGGAAAAUAAUUUUUGGUGAUCUUCUGGUACCUGAGAUACUCCUUGCCCGAGUCCUGAGGUUCUUCUCCUACACCCAUGUGCAGGAGCUGGUAUUUGAGAGCUGCAUUUUUGAGGGAAGAGGAAGCUGGGCUGAAAUGGCCAACCAGGACUUGCCCAUAUUGUCUUUGCGCUUCCACAAUGUGACAUCUGCACCACUGACGGGCCGUGAGCAGGACUUCUCUAGUCUGAGCAGCUGGCUGGAGACCCUGCAGGAGCUGGCUGUCACCAGUGCCCAUGUCACCAGCCUGCCCUGUGGCAUUGGAAGGGUGUUCAGAGCUCUGCGCUCUCUGGAUGUGGCACAAAACAGUCUUGGGGAUGACAGCUUGAUACCUGCCUUUUGCGAGGGGGCUUUCCCUCAACUCCAGGUACUGAGUCUGCGACACAAUAACCUGACAUCCUACCAUAGUGUGUGCAAAAGUGUACAGCUGCUGCGUGAGCUCCAGCAUUUAGAUCUCAGCCAGAACAAGCUCAUGGCAGACCCGUCCUCCUCCUGCCAAUGGCCGGUCGCCCUCCGAUUUUUUAACUUGUCCAACACUGGCUUGGAUGAAGUCCUCACACCUCUGCCUCCCAGUCUGGAAGUGCUGGACAUGAGCUGCAACCACCUCCAUACUGUAGAUGUUUCCCUCAGUACCCUGAAGAAGCUCUUCCUAAACCAAAAUAUGCUGCAAGCUCCCCCCUCUGUCAGGAAUUAUCCCAUGCUGGACACCCUCGACCUGGACAACAACUUGAUUACAGAGCUGCCAUUGGAUGAGGUGAAGCUCCUGGGGCACCUAUGGGAUGUGGCUGCGGCUGGCAACCCCUACAACUGCACGUGCUCUGGAGCUGAGGGGCUCCAGGCCCUGGCGGGCAUGGGGCACCUUGGGCAGGGCUGGCCCCAGGGCUACACAUGUCACUCCCCACCUCACUACCAGGGCAGGCUGGUGAAGGACGUGCCAGUCUCGGUGCUGCAAUGUAACAGUGCUGCAGUGAUUGCCCCUGUCUGCAUUAUCCUUGCCCUGCUCGGUGUGGCUGGGGCCAUCUGCCUGGUCAGAUCCAGGCCAGGGCUCGUCCAGCCCUGCCACAAAGUGUGAAGGGGGCGUGUGACCAUUCCCACCAGUGUUUUCCCGCAAAGGCUCAGUCCCAGGGGCUGCAAGGCCAAGACUUCUGUGGGAAUAUUCACAGGACCCCCCACAAGCUGGUGAGGGGCUCUCUCAGUGUCCCCAGUCCAGGUUCCCCUGUGAAGCAGGACUGCCCCCAGCAUUAUCCCACAGUGGCUGCAGCUUUGCCCAUCCAAGUUUUGAGGAAACCCCAAAGCCAAGCUCCUUGCUCUGCUCUGUCCCAGCGCCACACCCUCCCGGGAUGGUUUUCCUUAUGGUCAACUUUAACUCCCCAAGCCCCAGUGUGCACCCAUUGCCCCUGUGAUAUCAUCUGUCCUGAACAAGAAGAGUUCAGCUCCAUCAUAUUUGCAUUGCUGCAGGCGGCGCUCAGAUGCCUCAAGCCUCACUGGGAUCUGGUGGUCCCUCCCCAGACCCCACACUGCACCUUGCAGCCCUGUGACCCCCAGCCCAGCUGUCCUUGCAGCCUCUGUGGCCCCCCUGCUGAUCCUCCACCUCUCCUCCAUGCCUGAGCCAUGGCUGUGUGGAUGUCUGGUUGUGAGGAUGCUAUUCAGCAUAAGAGAAAAACCACAAAAGACAAGAAAAUUAAUAAAUUAAACACCCCUGUACAAAAACACUAAUGAGUAGGAAGUAACAGAGACAGCAACCAAGACCUGAGCUCUUAGAGCACUAGUGGACAAAUCUCUCAAGUGUGACCUUGAAGAGGUUCAACCCAAAACUUUUUAACUGAUAAGAAGAAAACGGGUUUAUUCUGGGUUCUCAGUUAUUCAGAAAAAGUCUCAUAGGAAAGAGAAAAUUGAUUGUGGGAUGAUUAUGGGAUGCUGAGGGAGAUUGGGGGAAUGUGAAAAACUUACUGGGGAACACAUGGGAAGGAUCAAAGGGAGCAUCAUAGUGGGUGGGGAAGGAACAACCAUGGGAGAAAGGGGACAGGGAAGAUGGGGGCUGGUCAUAGGUAGGCAGCACUUGUCUGGACAAGCCCUGCGCUUUGUCCCCAUGGUCUGUCUUGCCUUCUCAUUAAAAUCUAUUCCUGCAUAUUUUCUGUGUCACCUCACUCUCUAUUCUGUUUGUGCACAUGCACAUGUGAGCAAACAAAGGCUGGACUAGCCAGUGGGUGAGAAUCCAGGGUGUGGAAAGACCCAAGGCUGGAGCUGGAGCGUGGCUACACAGGGCCCAGGGUCCAGCUGUGGAUCUGUGAGUGGCUUAGGGUCUGCUGCAUGUUUGAGGGCACACAGGUUUGCAGCUGCAUGUGGGUUGAGGGUGAAGGUGGUGGGGUUGUGCCAUCAGCCCACAUCAGCCCUGAGCAGCUGGAGGGGAGGGAUGGGGCUUUACUGCCUGUGUGCUAGUGUUCCUGGGAGCACUGUUGGUGGUUACACAGGUGCUAGCAAAGGCAGGGGCUCAGGGCAGCAGGGGCAGCAUUGCAAUCUCAUUCUAUAAGGGGAAUGGCGGCAGGUGGAGGGACAUGUGUGCAUCUCCUCAUUGUGCCUGGUCCUGUCCAAAUGCAAGGGACAGGGUCUGUCCUGGGACCUCUCUUCUGUCUCCCACAGUCUGCAUUUACUCACACCACAUAGAUCCUCAGCUUCAGCAUUUCCUUUUGUGCCUUCUUCAUACGACUGAUCUCCAAUAAAUGUCAUUCUGGGG